AUGGUUCCUGAAGCUCUGCCCCAAUCUCGCCGCAGCGACCGCCGCCCGCCCGGCACCCAGACGAAAGGUGGGAUUUGCUGGCUGCAGCAGGGGAAGGAGGCCAAGUGCACCAUGAUCCUGAAGACGGGUGUGACGUGGGAGGAAUGCUGUGCCAACGGCAAUGUGGACGUGGCCUGGUCUAAUUACUCCUACCCAGGCAACAAGAUCAGCCUGCUGGGCUUCCUGGGGCUGGUGACCUGCCACCCCUGCAAAGAGAGCUGUGAGGGGGUGGUCUGCGGCCCCGACAAGGUCUGCAAGAUGAAGCAUGGGCGUCCCCAGUGUGCCUGUGCCCCAGACUGCUCCAGCCUGCCCCGCAAGCUGCAGGUCUGCGGCUCCGACGGCUUCACCUACCGCGAUGAAUGUGACCUGCUGACAGCCAAGUGCAGAGACCACCCCGAUCUUGAAGUCAUGUACCAAGGAAAAUGCAAAAACUAUGGGAGCUGCUCAGCUGCAACCAGAUUGUCCUCGGAGACGGACAAUGCAGAAGAGAACUAUGUGUGA